UCAUAUAUAUAGACUAACGUCAAAGUGUCAUGCAAUUGUCGAUCAUACGUUACUCGCUCGUCAUUGCCCGAAGACAGCAACUGCGCUUGAAUUCAUUAGUCUAAUUCGUGUUCGUCAAGAGACCAGAGCAAAGCUUUAAUAAACAAAUUUUUUCUGCAGUCUUUACGUUUGAACAAGUUAAAAAGAAAAAAAAUAAUCAAUUCCAACGAUCCUUUGUGUUUCUUUUAAAUUCGUAAGAACGAAAAAAAAUAUAAAAAAUAAAAAAAGAUAAUAUAAAACAAAACGAAGAAGAUUAAUCCAAAAUUGAAUUAUAAUAAAGACGUGUUAGAAUAUGACGCUACAAGGUGGAAUCUCAUUUGAGGAGGAAUUAAAGAAAAAUCCGGAAUUGAAGGAAGACGAUGUACGAGCGUUGAAAGAGUGGUGUCAAAAACAACCCCAUUUACCAAAAAUAUCUGACAGCGAGGUAGCUCUUUUUCUACACAGUAAUUACUAUCGUAUGGAACCGACCAAAAAUACCAUCGACACUUAUUACACAAUACGAACUCACGUGCCAGAGUUCUUUUCUAAUAGAGAUCCUAUCAGUUCUAAGGACCUUCGUAAAGCAUUUCAAACGGUAUCGAAUCUGGUCUUGGAUAAAACUACCAAUGAUGGUUACAAAAUCAUUUAUGGUAGAUUGAUAGAUAUCGAACCGUCGCAUUAUGUUUAUAACGAUGGUAUGAAGUACCUUAACAUGGUAAUUGAUCUCUGGCUUCACGAAGAGGGUACAUCCAAAGGUCAUGUGAUCCUAUUUGAUACAAAGAAUGUUGCGUUCGGUCAUGUGGGUCGUUUAAAUCCUAUGGGAUUAAAAAAAUUCCUUUACUAUUUGCAAGAAGCUUUACCCGUACGUCUUAAAGGUUUCCAUUUUAUGAACACCUCGCCGGUUAUGGAUGUUAUUCUUAACAUGAUGAAGCCUUUCAUGAAAAAAGAAUUGAUGGACAUGUUUCACAUGCAUUCGACCAUGGAAACAUUAGCUAAAUUUAUACCCUUGGAAAUACUUCCAAACGAAUCGGGUGGCCAAGCAGGCCCUUUGAAAGACUUGAAUGAUGCUCAAAUUAAAAAAUUAGAUGACAAUCGUGCUUGGUUUCAAGAGGAGGAAAGAAUUUGUCGCGUUAACGAAUCUCUACGUCCUGGCAAAGGAAAAACAGCAACUGAUUUAUUUGGUGUCGAAGGAAGCUUCAAAAAGCUCGAAAUCGAUUGAACAAUAAUUUUCAUUAACCAUUUAUACGUUUUAACAAAUGUAAUUUGAGAAAGAGAAAGAAAAAUAAAUAAAUUUUGUUAUUAGAAA